CGCAAUGAAAAUUUGAUUUUUUGUGGCUCUUCGCAGUUUGUAUUCUACAUGAGUUCGAGGCACGAGAACGAAGAUAGAAUUAGGACUGCGGCAGCACUACGCCCCAAGGGCGAACUUUAAAAUUUGCCCUGGAGCAGGUUGGAAUGCCCGACCUCCUGCAAACCUUAUGCUCUCCCCAUUUUCCCCAGCCCUACCGUACACAGCUUUAGCCUACUGUCACAUAAGCUCACUGUCACACCUGAGGCCUGCCAGUGCUAGUGAGCUUUGACCUGCUUUGAAGUUUGACAUUAGUCGAUUGAUUGGUUCAAGUUGUCUGCUACUUCAUUGCCUACUUGAAAUCUCUUGCAAUCAUCAUGCAUGUCUGUCUCUUACCCCCAGAAAUUCUGCUUCACAUUUUCUCUAUUUGUAAAGACUGCCAAUCAAUACGCCCUCGUGUUACACUUGCAUCUCUUGCAAGGACAUGUAGGACAUUUAAGGAGCCUGCGCUCGAUAUUCUUUGGGAAAACAUAGAUGGGUUCAAGCCACUCAUCUCAUGCUUGCCUGGAGGUGUCGCCGUUAUUAUCAACACAGAUAUGGGAAUAAACUGGACACUCAAAAGACCUCUCCUGAACAAAGAAUGGAGGAUUGUUUAUCAAUAUACACAACGUAUCCACUUCUUUAGGGUCUGCCCCCAUGACCUAGCCAUUGUGGACGAUCGGGUCAUUCAAGCCCUCAUGUCUGCACCAUCACCGCUCUUGCCGAACCUUCGUAUUUUGAAUUGGCACGAUGAUGGAGAACGCUUCUUCCCGUUGUUGCGCACCCUCCUUGGGUCAACUAUUACAUCGGUGACGCUGAUGUUUGAUUCACCGCCACCCUCUUUUGCCAAAUCUGCUUUGUUAACUUUCCUCGGAGCCCGAUGUCCAUCCAUCCGGGCACUUGACUGCGCAUAUAGCGGCGAUUCUGAAGAAAGUUCAGAUGCAAUAUUCGAAGCUCUAUGUGGCUUACAGGAGCUCCGCCGUCUUAACACAGUGAUUCCCAACACACAAGCACUUCUUUGCUUGGCUACUUUACCGUCGUUGAAGUAUCUACAAUUCAGCCUGGCGACGUACAACAUCAACGAGACACGACUUAAUUCCACCCCGACAUUUUCCUUCCGACUCGAUCAAGUGUUCAUCAAUACACCAUCGCCAUCCGUUUCUAGUCAUUGUCUGAGAAACGUCUGUUUUCUCUCCUGUCGAUCAGCGAAGAUCUUCGUUGAUUACAGCAAUUUGGCUCCUGGUGUAUACACUGACACAAUAGCCCCGUAUGAUCCACUGGAUAUACCAGACUUCAUCGUCUCCUUUUCGAAGUGCUUCUCUCCCACUCUUGAGAAACUCGAAGUCGAACUCGGCUACAGUUUCACCACCCCUUUCGCAUCGGAAUACGUAGUCUAUGAUCCCAGCUUUGUACUUGGCUUUGACGUGGUUGCACCGUUGCUGUCGUUUAGUCGCUUGACGAACUUGCAGCUCGAUUGGAUGUGCACGUCAGCCAUCGAUGACAGCUCACUCAAGAUAAUGGCCCAAUCCUGGCCUCAGCUCGAGUAUCUUCAGUUUGGAUGCGAGGCUCGUUGGAUGAUCCCACCGUCUGCCACCUUCAUAGGACUCGUCCACCUCGUACAUCAUUGCCCGCGCUUGUGCCGCAUUGGUAUGCCCUUUUCCGCAUGCCCAGUUGACAUCAACGGCGAGCCGUUCUCCAAUACCAUUCCCAACGAGGAGAUCACCAAAAUUGAUGUGGCGAAUUCUCCAAUUGUCGAUCCCAUCACCGUGGCCUGUCAAUUGCAUAUGUUGCUGCCCAAGUUGACUAGUGUGGACUUCGACUGGGAUGAUACUAACUUUUGGUCGCCAUUAGCACGUGGUGAAUGGACAAGGGUGAAUGAUUUCCUUCAGGUGCUUACUACGAGCGUAAAAAUGAAAGAGAUAAUGAGCCAAAACCACAGGAGCUCGUCGGCCUGAUGGACCCUGUACAUAUUGACUUAGAGUGACUUGGACACCUACACGUAUACACUGAAAUAUAUACCUUGCAA